UUGUGUGAGAAAGCGCUGAAAUGGGCGGGUGAAGUCUUCGUGGAUUUCCAAACUUUGGAAACGAAGAAGAGGGCGUCAAAAAAACAAGCUGUCCAAAAAUAGUUUUUCUCUUCGGUAGCAAGUGAACGUUAUCCCAAGGAAAAGUAAAAAUAACCUUCUGUUCUAUUUCGUUUCUCUUUACUUAAAUAACUUACGCUAUAACCUAACGGUGGCCUAUAUUGUAUAAUAGAAUAGUCUAAAACCAUUGUUGUGCUAACUUCGGACAGGAUUUUUUUCCCUCAAGCAUAGGUUGAUAUAUCUUUAGGCAGCAAUAAGAUACACGAAAUAUUAGCAAUUCCACCAACCGAACAUUUAAGCGUUUUCAAGGGCAUCAAUUCUUUUUACCAAGGAAGUAAACAUAUCAGUGAACUAACUGCACUAUAUAUUUCAGUGACAAUAUUGUGCGAGAAAUUAAAAAUUUUCCCCUUGUGGACACGCCUUAAAGAGAACAGACACCAUGUUAGUACUCCUGGCUGGAAUCUUCAUCUUCCACAUUAUCACCAUCAUCCUUCUCCUCAUCGCCACAAUUGACAAUGCCUGGUGGGUCACGAAAGAACUUUCCACAGACGUGUGGGGUCAGUGGAUGAUGGUCAAUGGAGCCUGGAAAUACACUGACAUUCCUGUCAGUGACCUUCAAGAUUACCUCCAUGCGGUGCAGGCCAGUGCAGUGCUGGCCUGUGUGUUCUCCAUCCUGGGCCUGUUUGUGUUUGUGGCUCAGCUCUUCACCCUGGGCAAAGGGCAGCGCUUUACCUUCUCCGGAGUCUUCCAGCUCAUCGCCUGCCUGUGCAUAAUGAUCGCUGCCUCCAUCUACGCUGACGUCUUCCACAAAGAGGAGAAGAGCGCCUCGUACGGACACUGCUUCACCAUUGCCUGGAUCUGCUUCGUCUUCACCUUCAUCUCCAGCGUCAUCUACUUUGUCCUACGAAAGAAGAGCGAGUGAGACUGGCCUGUGAGGUCCAGCCAGUCCAAACAGAGUGCUGGUGAUGGGGGGGGGGGGGUUAAAAACAGGCCAAAUUCAUUUUUAGCUGGAGAUUAUUGGAAGGGAGGGUGGACCGGGGAAGGGAUUUCACGUUUGUAAUUGUUUUGUUGGUUUACUUUUUAUUUUUUAUUUGCUUGUGCGUCAUUUCUUUCUGUUUGAAAUACAUUUUCAGCCCAUUUAAAACAGUUUGUGGUGGUAAAGACCCAAACAAAAAGAAAUAGGAGGAUUUAAUGGAAUGACACUGAGAAAAAAAGGGCAGACGAGAUACAAGAUGAGGACACGCUUCCUUGAGAAUGGCAACUGCUUUGGUUUCAAUUCUUCUGACAACCUUUGAAAAAGGAUUCAGAAAUCCUCUAUAAAACGAUAUGGUUUGCUAGCAAAGACAGGAUAUAAUUCUCGAUUAAACUGGCAGAAGGAAUACAGAUAAGGAGAUUUGGGUAAAUGCUGGACGGAUGCCACUCUUUCAUGCAUUUUCUCACAAAUUGUUUUGACAUAUCCUUUUAUCUGUGAGCAGUGUACAGCGAUGUGUUUUUUCAGGAUGUUCCACGCUAUCUUGAAAACAUCACUAGAACUGAUCCGAAGAGGCACUACACACAAAACAGGCCUUGGGUCAGUAGACGUCAUUUCAUUCAUUUCUUUUAUUCCUUUUUAGUAAGUGGAAAACUGGAAUGUCGGAAACAUUAAGCUAUUCAGAGAACCUUUAUGACAUUUAAUCACAAGCACGGAUACCCAAGGUUUGUGGAAUUUAUCCUAAUGUAUGACGUGUAGAGCCCAGUUCAGAUGGAAACAUUCCCAAUGUGACAAAAUGGUUUUAGCAUGUUGCAGAGAGGAGUUGCAGCGGUGUGAACCACCUGUCUCGGAAUGUCUAAUGGUGUUGCAGGCAAGUCAACUUGUCUAAUUGCAGGUGGCAAGUUUUAAAACGUUGCAAAGAGUCACCAGCUGCAGCUCGUCAUGUCACAAAUCUUUGGUCUGAACUGGGCUUCAGAUCCACUUUCCUUGUGUAUAACUGGAAAGAACAUCAAUUGUCAGUUUUCAUUUUAUAAUAACACUUGAAGUAUCACUAAGAUGACUAUUGUAUUGCUUUUCUAUACAGUCUGUUUAUUUAGGGUUGCUAGAAUAAAUUAAAGAUGUGCAUAUUCCAUGAUUUAUGAAUAUUUCACAAACAAAUUGUCAUAAAAAUUUGAAUGGAAUAUUACAAAAAAGUUUCUAACUGGACAAUACUAUUUAGAUAUCAGAAUACAGGUAAUUACCUGUUCUAUAUUUAUGCUCUAUAUUCGUCCACCAUGUUAAAUUUUUUUUACACCACUGUGGUGUAAACUACAUAUUGUGUUCUUAUUCAUUUUCA